AGUGGCUGCGGGUCCCGGCCGGGGGAAGCGGACAGGGGGCCUGCCACGCAGCGCCCGGAAGGUCUCUCCUCGACGCGCCUCGCGGGCGUCCCGGAGCCUCGGCACCGAACCUCGACGCGGGCGUGGACCGGGGACCCGCGCCCCCCAGCGCGGCCAGCACUCCCCAGCGUGCGGGCGUUUGGGGACGCCGAGCUGCUCACGAUGAAGAGAGCCGGGCUCGGGCGCCGCGGCCUCGUGCGGCGGGUCUGAGCGCCCACCCCGCCGCCGCCGCCGCCGCCGGGAGGACUCCGGCCCCCGGGCUUCGGCCAUGAGUGCUCGGUGAUCCGCGGCGCUGCGUAUCGCGGACCCGGGACUUCGAGAGGCAAUGCUGGCUCGACUUUGAUUGGCUUGGGGGACAGUGAAGAAACCCCAAAAUGGAGGACUUUUCUACCAGGACCUACGGCACCAGUGGCCUGGACAACAGGCCUCUGUUUGGAGAGACGUCGGCCAAGGAUCGAAUCAUCAAUUUAGUUGUUGGCAGCUUAACAUCCUUACUGAUUCUAGUAACGCUGAUCAGUGCUUUUGUUUUCCCUCAACUACCUCCAAAACCGUUGAAUAUAUUUUUUGCUGUCUGCAUCUCUUUGAGUAGUAUUACUGCCUGCAUACUUAUCUACUGGUAUCGACAAGGAGACUUAGAACCGAAAUUUAGAAAUCUAAUUUACUAUAUCUUAUUUUCUAUCAUCAUGUUAUGUAUAUGUGCGAAUCUGUACUUCCAUGAUGUGGGAAAGUGAGGCUACCAAGGAGAAAUACUUACCAGGUCUCUUCAAAGCUAUUGUAUUUGGACUUGAAUAAGAGCUGGGUAAGGUAUGCUGAAGAAUCUCCUGCAGAAGUCUGAUACAUGAUUUUCAUGUAAUUGUAAAUUAAAUUCCCUCUUGCAGGGGAGACACAGCCUAGAUCACUUUGCUUUUUCUUUAAGGAGCUGAUGUUGCACUUAAACAUUCCCCCUUAAAGCUGAAACAGCACAAGUCAUUUUCACUUUUGAAAUUACAAUUUUUUAUAAUGUAACUGCAUGGCGAAAGGCUAUGUGUAACAAUCAAUCUUGCAUUUUAAGACAAAUAUUCUUUUAUUUCUGUUAAACUGAAUAUACAAUUAUUGUUCCCUAGGCAACCAACUUUUGCUUAUAACUACAAUUUAAUUUCACAUUAACAAAACACAGACGGUGAAAAGACAACUUUGAUUGUGUAGAUCUAAUUACAAUAAUAAAUAAAAUAAUUUAUACAAGUUU